UGGAUGGAUCCAUCCGUGUGCGCUCCCACAUGACAAAAGCUACAGCGCGUCUGGAAAAACCAAGGGGACGGAGCACGGUGCGCCUUUUUGGUUUUUUGGAGGGAGAAGAAACCCCCUCGACACAAGAGAGAGUUAGAGAAGCAGCUCGAGGGGCUUCAGUUUGUGCAGAGAUCACUGGGGCUGGUCCGCGCUCUGCUUCUCCAAGUGAACUUUACAGGGAUGUUGUAGUGUCGGAGCAUCACCGCCACAGUGUUAAAGUGAGAGCAAGGACGCGUGUGAAGAGCGAACCUCGGUAGAGACGCGCUCCUCUUCCUCAUCCACUACUUUUUGUUGGGUUUACGCACAAUAUACAUAUACAAGGACAGACAAGAGAGGGAGAGGGGAAGACAGGGAGACAGAGAGAGAGAGAGAGAGAGUGAGUGUGCGCGCAGGACAGAGAGAGGCAGACAGAAAGAGGGAGGAGGGGGGAGAGAGAGAGAGAGAGAGAGAGAGCGAGAGAGAGAGAGAGAAGUCGCACGGGUUUUUGGAGCUACGCUUUCAUGCCGUCAGUCUUGCGGACUCUGAGAUGGACGUCAGAUUUUAUCCAGCUCCCCCUGCAAGCGUGGGUUCAUGUACGUUACCGACUGACUCCGGCUUGGACUAUUACCACUCCAACAAGAGCAGAUACGCUGCCGCAGAUCGAGGCGUGAGGCUCUACAGUUCCCUGCCCAUGCGCCCAAACCCUGACGGCAAGAGACUGCCCUCUACUGGGUUUGAUGGUGACAACAUGUACAUGAAUGAGAACAACCAUGAGUUCCUUGCCCCAAACCAGAGCUACACAGGUCAGAGUGGCGGCGGCGGGGGAGGAGGCGGAGGUGGCGGCGGCGGAAAUGGGGACGAGGACUACGAGAUCCCCCCCAUCACUCCACCGAACCACCCGGAGCCCCCUCUUCUUCACCUGAUGGAGCACGACUCUACAGGCUACCUCUGCCACUCGCUGCAACACAAUGGGCUCAUCAACCCGUAUUCCUACCCAGAGCUGCCCACACUCAUGAUGUCGAACAUGCUGGCGCAGGACGGCCACCUCGUUUCCAGCCAAAUGCCCUCGAUGCAGGAGAUGGCUUUGCACCACCACCACCAACAGCAACACCGUCACCAGCACCCGGGCGGCGCUCAUUACAACCCUGCCCAUAACCACCCCCUGAUAAACAGCUCACCUCCGAUACUGUCCAACCCCAUGAGAGCACUGUCCCAGCUGAACUCUCAGGUCAGCCGCAGUGCGCUGCCUCACGGCUCCCCCUCACCUCCCGGAAGUAAAUCGGCCACACCCUCCCCCUCGAGCUCCAAUCAGGAAGAGGAGACUGAUCCUCAUGUGAAGAUCACAGGCGAGAAGCGGCCAUCUUCAGAGAUGAUGAAGCCCAAACCCAAGCCCCAAAAAAAGAAGAAGAAGAAGGAUCCCAAUGAGCCCACCAAGCCUGUGUCAGCCUACGCUUUGUUCUUCAGGGACACCCAGGCAGCCAUUAAAGGACAGAAUCCCAACGCCACCUUCGGCGAUGUAUCCAAGAUAGUCGCCUCCAUGUGGGACGGACUGGGAGAGGAGCAGAAACAGAACUACAAGAGGAAAACAGAGGCUGCAAAGAAGGAGUACCUGAAAGCCCUGGCCGCCUACAGAGCCAGUCUGGUUUCCAAGACGUAUAACGACCCAGUGGAGACAAAAGGUGGCCAGACGAGCCAGGGCUCUCCACACAUGAUGUCAGCCAACCCGCCCCUGUACAGCGUGCCACACCCCCCCCAGCCGUCGUCACCCUACCUGGGGCCCGGGGCCUUCCCUCUCACCGACCUGCAGAGCUACGCAGGACACGCCCCCCGCCACACCCUGUCGCAGACGCUCAGCCAAUCGCAGAUGCUGCCCAGCAUUAGUGCCUCUCCCCCUUCCUCCUUCCAGAUCAGCCCCCCACUUCACCCCCACCAGCAGCUCUCCCUGCACCAGAGCUCGCUCCUCAACCAGCCUAUCCGCAUGCAGCAGGUCCAGUCCCAGCCAAUCAUCCCUCACCAGAUGGGGCUGCAGGCCUCUCUUCACUCCCCGCCUCAUGGGCAGCAGGGUUUCUCCCACCUCCAGUCAGAGUAUCAGAAGAGUAUUGGUGGUUCCCAGUCUCCAGGAGCCCCUGGUCCUGGUCCAGGCCCUGGAGGGCCUCAGGGCCACGACUGGGAUGGUGAAUACUGCAAUCGGGAGUGUGGCAACCACUGCAGUGGCAGCAUGAUAGGCAGGGACAAGCCACUCUACCUCACCUGAAACUGAAGAUCUCUGUCAACAAAUACGACACCGAGGAGUCUACUGUCACCACCCCCACCAACCAUCCCCUCU